GUAAGCAUUUGAUACGUACACUCUUCAGGCUCUUUUCAUUUAUAUCACCGGGCGCACGGAACUCCUUCAWUGAAAUCAAACAAGCUAGUAUACACAAAGGACGGGAUCAACUCCUUCUGUAUUUUUAUUCGCUAUAAUGUAUACGUCUAGAGAAAUCCCCUUUCCAAGCGAAACACUAGAAAAUGCGGCAAGAGAGAGGCUAAAACAACGAGAGAAGCAGGAAAAUGCAUGGCUUCGAUCGAURGAGGAGCAUCCUCGAUGUGCUCUAUUGCCAUCACCAGAACUCUUGGCUAAAUUUGGUGAAUCUGAUGGAUCUGAUGAAACUGAUACAAUCAAAGAUUACCGAAAGUUUCUAAAAUGGUUUACAGACGCUGGAGUGCUGAACGUAAAAUUUUACUCCGCCUUUUGUUUUCAAGAAACAGAACGUGAAGUUGACGACAUGAUGAGCUCUGUGUAUGGUGACAUACGUGACGCAUUUGUGUUUGCAUCCCAAGAAAACUUUGAGAAAGAGGAAUAUGAUUCUAUCAUUCAACUUGCUUAUAGCAAUGCAUUUGCAGCCAUGAAGCAUACCGCUGACCCACACCUCGACGAGCUUGUUGUGUGGUACUAUUCUGGUCAUGGCCUUCCAAAAGACAAACUUCCAGAUGCUGUUUCCAUGCCAGAACUUUGCAAUGUUAAUUUUYGUGAGGAAUACAACGAUGUUGCGAGGCCGUUUUUAACAGAAAACCCAGUUGUGAAAGGAGGGGAACUCUGUUUGCACCAUGUUGGUUUCUGUGGGCUUGAAGGUUUACUAAAGCCAUGGAUAGCUGCUGUUAAAGCUGAAUCCCAAAAUGCACCAGGCCAGGUAAAAAAGAACAAGCAUUUGCUCAUCAUCUUAGACAGCUGUUAUUCUGGAAUCCUUGCUGAGGAUUUACAAGAGUUGAAUAAGAAAAGUGGCCCCUGGAAUGAAAAUGGUUGCACAGUUACAGUUCAGGCGGCCUGUGAACCUGAUGAAGUGACGUUUGGAGGGUACUUUACUCCAUGCUUUGAGUUCUUCAACCAAGCUGAAAAUCAGGAAAUGUUGCAUAGAUUAAGAAAUUGCUGGAUGGAAAUGGAUGACGAGACAAGAGAACAGUUCCGWGAGAUUCAACUACCUUCUCCAAAACUUGUAACAACAAUAAUCGUCAGUGAAGUAGAAAAAGGAGAGCCCUUCAUGGUAUUGGAGUACCAAAACCUCAAGCUCAAUCUUUUCAAAGAUCCAGGAUUCUUUAAAUUUUGUGCAAUUGAAAAGUUCAAGAGAGGAGAAGAUAAACUUCUUCAUAAAAGAGUUCUUAGCCAGAGCGCGGUGAUUAACUUUAUGAACGCAAGGAUAUUUAAAAUACUUGACUACAAGCUGAAGACCUUAGUCAGAACUGGACCCUAUGCUGGCACUCCAAUGGGAUUGUUUCUCCUGGAAGAUCCGUUUAACCCCUCUAAGUGUGCAGUUUGUGCUCACAUCCAUUUUGCCAGUAGCGACACCUCAAAGAUUGGAAGAAUCAACCUCGUUCAUCACAAAAUCCCUCCCCUGGGAAGCACUCUCUACAUCGAAGAUCAUGAUGGACUUUCUAAACCUCAACUCAAGAGAAAUAGGCACAAGAUUGAGUACGCUAUGGUUCCCAAUCAAGCUAAUGCCAAAAAGAGUGAUUCAUCCCAAUGGUUAAUGUGGGACUGGAAGGUUGGUGUACCAACAGGAUUUCAUUGGCCAUCAGAUGUUGACCCAUCUGUGAAAGAAAUUGAGGUGAAUAAUGCAAAAGAACUUGUAAAGGCUUGCCAUGAUUUUGUUGAAUCAAAUGAGCCAGGAAGAUGGGCUGAUGCCAGUCAAUGGACUAUGAAGUCAAACCAGCUAGGCGUGAUGGGUUUGUUCCGAAAGAAACAGCGUUCAGCGUGGAUGGACAAGUACUUGGAAAAAUACGGCUACACUUAUCAAGCUCAACCAGAAAGCAAAAACUGAUGUUGAACAUUAAAUCAUGACAUGAAAUUAUUGUAUAAUGRUAUAAUAUAAUCUAUAAACCAUUUCAUAAUAUUUUUAAAGAUCUUUGUUGGUAGUUUUUUUCAUAUUUAUACGUAGUUUGUUUUUUUUAUUUGUUGUUUGUUUCAUGGUUGAUUAAACAAACUACGUAUAAACAUUUUAUAAUAAUUUAGAUUCUAGCUUUCGUUUGACCUAUAUAUUUAAAUUGCCAUAUAUAUAUAUUUUAGUGCAAUAGGAAGAAUUAAAAAAAGAAAGAAAAUCACUAAGGCUUGAACGCUUUUAAUUUAGCAUCUUUUUAAUAUAUUCCCUUUAUGAACUAAAGUAUAAGGUGUUUAUUGUUACCCAAUAUGUCUAUUAUACCAUACUAUACUUACAGCAUUUUAGACUGUCUUGAUUAAACUUUGCUAUUUACACGUUAUAGGUGUUUUUUCUCUUUUUUCCCAAAUAAACUUGUCAAACAUAUAUGUUGUAUUUCUUUAUGAAAACAUUACGUGUUCAUCUGUUGUCUUGGGGGGAAGGGUGGCCCGAGGAAGGUGCMGUUAUCAACGAAUAGUUUGUAAUACGGCCGUGCGCCCAUAAAAAUUGUCAACAUUUAUAGCUCUUUUGCAUMUCAAGACUUGCAUGUCUAUUUUGUCUUUAGGACUAUCCCAUCUCCAAGGAACCCACGCCGAAUUUU